UAUUUAUGAAACUUGAGUCUUUCCUUGCACGUUGAAGCUGUAUUCUGUCAAGUGUUUCACGUGGUGUUCCACACACUGCUGCUUCAUCAGCUGCUGAAGCUGACUAAACUUCAUCUAGAAAGAGAUCAGCUUUAUGAAAUGUCUGCAGGCUGUCUUCAUUUAAAGAAAUGUUCUGGUACAUGCUGUUUGAAAUUGAUGCAUGCUGCUUUCUCCAAAAUAAAUCCUUCCUAGCUGGCUAAAUCCUGGAGUACAGCCUGUAGUGCCCAAAAGUUGGUCUUGUUAAUGACUCAAAAGUGUUUAAAAGUGGUGUUAAUCGCUUAAUGCAUAGUGAUUAAAGUCCUGUUGAUAAAAUAAUUACUUGUUCUUUGAGUGAUAGGAAAAAAAAUCUGGCAAACAGAACAAAAAGGUUUUAUAACUGUUAUGUCACUGUAAGAAAAGAUAUUUAUAAAAUGCUGGAACCGAGAUUUUACAUAAUGAUAGGCAAGGACAUUCCUAAGUCCAGGUCCAUAAAUCAUGGUUAGUAAUAACAAAAGUCUUUUUCUCUUGAUGGAUUACUUCCUGUGAGCUGAUUAAUUGUCCUUAAUGCCUACUUUAUGCUGUCAUUUCAUAGUGUUUUACUUAAAGUGUUUUUUCCUCUGUGCCACAGUUUUUCUCCCUCAGUAUAACUUUCAGAAAGUAGCAGGAGAGAACAGUUGAAAACACAUUCCUUUUACAACAAGUACUUCUUUAUGUACCAUUGCACUUCUUCAUUUACAAGCUUUUUCAGCCCAUAUGUUAUCAAGAUUAUUGGCUUUGAUUCAGGCCUCAUGGCUGUGAAUUCCUUUCAGAAUGGCCUAAAAUAUACUUUUGUGUCAUGAUCUGGCCAAAUUGCCAGUGAUAUAAAGUUGUGACUUGUCUUGUCUCCUGACUGGGGAUUUAAUAACUUUGCUUCACAGAUAAAAGCAGAGCUGUUGGAAGCAAUAUUCUUUGAUAUGCAGAGGAAAAUGUAGCUCUCUGUCAACUCCUUUGACACUCAUAACCUGGAGCAAAUGGGAAGACUACAUUCCCAAAAUAGAGAGAUUCCUCAUUCUCCGAAAAUUCUGUAGGGAAACAUUUGAAUGGAGCAGUUUAUCUUGACUGUCCUGUCUAUGAAUAUCACUUUAAAUUGAAAUACACUGCCACAGAGAUGUUGCUUUUGGCAAAAACGGUGUGGCUUAAGUUGCAAGGCCAUUUCAAUAAGUGUUUUUAGCAACAAAUGUUGUGAUUUGCCAGCCUACAGGAAUGUAUAUUAUUGUUUGCCAUUGGAGAUGACAGGAGUCAGACACAGUUGGUUAAGAUUCAUUUAGCACAGUCUCUAGAUCCAGUAUUUUACUGCUGGGAAAUUUUAUGGAAUAUCACUGCAAAAGUGACAUUUCUGUUUUUAUAAAGGAAGGUAUCAGCUGGAGGAUGCCCUCAGUCAUUAUUUACACUGCUCCACAAGCAAAAGUACACCUGAACUCCUGUGAUACUUCAGAAGAAUUGGGAAAGUACUUAAUAAAUUAUGUAUCAAGUAAGGGAGGGAGAAAUUAUUUCAUGUGUCUUGGGGCCAUCUGUUAAGCAUUAACCUUUGAUAAACAAUAAGUUUAUCAAUGCAAGGAGCAGCCACAUUUGGUAAUGAACAUUUACUGUGCUCUUUGGCCAACCUGUCACUCACCAGCUUCAACAUUUUGUCUAUCUCUGUCGUUGAAAAUCUGCUUUCUAUAAGACUGAGCAGACAUCCCAGAAUGAUCUUCCAGAGAACCUCCAUGAAUUUUACCACCUUCUGUUUUCCUCCUUGCAUCUAACUGAAACACUCUUUGUUUCAGAUUUUUUCUGGUGUCUCUCACUGUCCUUUCUGUGCCACCCUGAAGAGUGUGGCUGUUCAAAAAGUUCAAAGCUAAGAGCAGAUCAAAAUAAACAGCUUUUGUGAGUAAAUGAGUGAAAAUAGUGAAGCAGUUAGCACAAGAAAGGUGGCUCCUUUACUCUGCCAUAUUCCUUCUGAACAAUGAAUAUGUAUUCCCUGUUCUUUGCCCUGUUCUCUUUUGCUCCUAGCAGUGGUCCCCCUGAAGGCCUGUCACCGAUCUCUGAUUUCAUAGGUGUUUUUAAUUAGUAGUUUCAAUUGAAUCCAGCACAAUUCUCCAGAAAUCCCAACUUCUCUCUGUCUUUCUUACUCCAAAGGAGUUGCCAGUAAUUACAAAAUCAGGAACUGCUUUAAAAGGUUACUGGGUGACAGAUGUGGCUACCACCAAGUUAUUUACAAAGCUGAAGCACUUAAAUUGAGGAAAUAAAUAAUUAAGAACUUUGUGUCAUUUACAACACGUCAUACACUUGUAUACAUAUAUAUAUGUAUAUACAUAUUUGUCUAUACAGAAGAAUACAUGAGCAUAUCUUUUUUAGUAACCUGUGGCUAGUACAGUCCUUUUGGUAUUUAACUUUUAACUUAAACUGAGGGCCUUUGGAAUGGCAAAUAGUAAGACUACAUUUUUUUCCCCAAAGACUUUUAAACUGUUACAUUUUGUCAAGAGUUGCAUGCUUAUAAAUAUAGUUUAACAGAAAUACUAUAUAAAACUUUUGCUGUGCACAAGCUGGUGAAAGUUGUAGUUGUGAUUGGUGUUUUUGUAAAGUUGUCAUGGUUCUUUUUCAGUAGAAUUCUGUGAAAGUUAUCUCUGUAGACAUGCUGGAGAAAACAGGUUUACUUAGGAUCAGAACUGGUAUUUUUGUAACUACUUAAAUUGUAUUUUUAACCAUAUAUCUGAUAGAUUGAUUAGUGUUACAUGGAAAUAUUUUUCUUAGACUUUUCUAAAGAUGCUGUCAAGCAAACUAGCUGUAUUUUUCCUUUAGAAAUACAACUUGCUUUACAUUAAGUAAUCUGGUUCAUAAUACUUCCUUGCUGUGUCUACAGUGUGCAUUCUUAAUGAUGUAAGACAUUAUUCAAAUUACAAAUGAUGUGACAAGACAAGGUUUUCAAGCUUCCAAACUGGAGGAGGAGUUGUUCUUAACUCAGUCACUCUGCACUUUUAUUUACACCACGUGAAAAAUGUAAGAGAAAACAAUUUUACUUUUUAAAUCAAAUGUUUCCAAAUUGUCUGUAUGCACAGAAUCCCUCAGGCCCUUCCCAAGGGCUGAGUAAUCAUCAUUAGCCUUUUCUAGCACUUGUCCUAAUCAAGUAUUGAGAUUUAACAAACACAAAGGUCUGGUGGGAGACUGGAGUACAGAGAUCAUCCACACACCUGCCCCCAGUUUCCUUGUCCCUGGUAAGUGCUGACUGCUCUGAACCAUUAUCUGUUGCAUUAAUGACAUUGCUUUGUGGUUUUCUGAGUCCAUUACAGUCCCUUCUCUGAGAAUACUCUUACCAGAACUGAGAAGUCCUUUUUCCUUGGAUUGAUUCCUUUUCAGCUGUACAUAUAUCAGCUGGGAUCUGAAUGCUUGCUUAGCACAGGAAAUGAGAUCUUAUCAGCACAGCCUUUUCCAGAGUGAAAUUUGCUGCUCGAAAAUGUAGCAGAGUCAGGAGACACAAAGAAAAAACUGCUGUGCAAAAGAAAUAAAAGGAAAAAAAUAUUCCAUAUUAUUUGGUAUAAAAUAGAACUGGCACAUUGUGUUAAGUUGUUGACAACAGUUUAAAAUAAAGGGGUUCAGAGAGAGGGGAAACCAUAAAUAAAAGGUCCACGCUAUGGGAGGAUUAAAAAUGCCAGUAGUAUUUACUUAUGUCCUGUUUCAGUGGAGAUGCAGAACAUAAGGAAUGGCACAAAAAGACAAGCAGUGGUCUCCCAUUUGUCAUUUGGGGAUAGAGAAGUGAAAGUGAAACAGAAUAUAAAUUUAUAGAAGGAAAUUCUUUAGUUUCAGUGUGACUAAAUAGUGAAGCCAAGAGCUUUGGAAGAUUCAGAAAAAAUUAGAGGUUUAUGAAGAGGAUGAGAACAUCCACAGUUACUUCAGAUUAAAAGAUUCUGGAAUAUAAGUCAUCAUGUUCCAGGACAUUAGACAACCUAUAAAACAACAGGAUUUACAAAGAAAUUCCCUGUGAGCAGGAUAUUGUGUUUGUCCACACUGAAUUCUUUGGUUCAAUCCUCUGGAACAUCUAAUACUAGGAACUCAAACUCUGAUACUAAACUCAUCAUUCUUAUACUGCUGGAUUUAGGCAGAAGUAUAUAAACCAAGCAUUUCUUCUUCCUGCCCAGACAUAAUGACAUAAUGGUCUGUUUCACCACCCAAAAAAGGACAGGUGAUUGGACAGACCAGAUCCUUGGCUGACUUUAUUGAGACCUAGGAUUGCUGGCAUUUCAUUUACACACCCUUUUAUCUGUGUUCUUUAAAUUGUCUCGUAUUUCCUUCUAAAACAGCAUCAGUGCUCUCAGAUUAUGUGACCACAUCCUGCUCCCUUUGUUCCUGUCCCUGUCACAGAACUGGCAGAACUACAGAGAAGUGUGGUAGCCAAAACCCACCUAUAGUUUCAGUGACACCAAGUGACCUUGGCUGAAGGCUGGCACCUUGUUCUGCUGCAGAGGGUGACAAAGGGGUAGGGCUGGGCACAGAAGAGAAUUCCAAAAUCUGCUGCAGAAGGAGCUUGCUGGCAGGAAACCAGGGUGCCAACUGAUUCAGGUACAAACUUUGAGCAGCUAAGUUCUCACCAUAGAUUACAUAUAUAUAUGUAAUUAUUAUAUAUAUGUUUAUAUCAAAGUUCUCAAGCAUAUAUUCUCAUCCUUAGAAAAAAGAACUGAACAUGAACAAAAGGCUAGAUUAGCACAGGGCUGGAAUGUAUUUCCCAUACAGGAGAUUUGGAUCAAGGCUGUUGGCUCUAGUCCUGUCUGUGUCCUGUGUCUCACUGUGCUGUGUCCCUCAGCUGCAGAUCUGGGACACGGCAGGCCAGGAGCGCUUCAGGACCAUCACACAGAGUUACUAUCGCAGCGCCAACGGGGCCAUCCUGGCCUACGACAUCAGCAAGAGAGGCUCCUUCCUGUCCAUCCCUCGCUGGAUCGAGGAUGUCAGGAAGUACGCCGGCUCCAACAUCGUGCAGUUACUGAUUGGAAACAAGUCUGACCUAAGUGACCUUAGAGAGGUUCGGCUGGAAGAAGCUCAGAGCCUGGCUGAACACCAUGACAACAUCAUCUGUGCCAUAGAGACCUCUGCGAAGGACUCCAGCAACGUGGAGGAGGCUUUUGUGAAGAUGGCCACGGAGCUGAUGAUGAGGCAUGGAGGGCCCAUGUUCAGUGAGAAGAACACUGACAGCAUCAAGCUUGACAGCAAAGAUGUUGUGGAAGGCUGGGGGUGUGGUUGCUGAUAAGAGCUAGCUGAUAUCCCUAGCUGUACUGGAAUUUAGACGGUGCUUCACCCUAAUGCUGAGUAGCAUGGUAGCCAUAUUCUCCUCCUCCUCCUGUGAAACCAGCAAUUUUGUAGAAGUUAGACACAAUCCUGUUUGCUUCGGUGUCUUAAUUUUAAAAAGGGACUUAGGAGAGAUAGUCCUAAAAGUCAAACCCUCUGAAAAACUUACUCAACAUUUGUCCCCACCAUUUUAUUUUCUGUAACCUUCAUACGAGUUACAAAAACGGAGGAAGCGACUUUGAACUUGAUAUUUUGGGGUGGGAAGACAUUUGGUUGGGGAAGAAGCUGAUGCAAACCCAAAGGUCUGAGCAUUUAGCGUGGGUCUGGUGGCAAAGGAGAUCACUUUUGGAAUAGGCAAUCUUGACAGUGUCUCCUCAAAUCCUCAGCGCUGCACUGUUGACCAGAAAGUGUCAGUGUCUUGGAUAAUGGUAUUUCAAGGGUCAUAAUAGCCAAGAUUUUGAUGACAGGACCAAAUAGCAGUCACCUGUCCUAGGGCAUAUAAAUUGCUAGUUGCUGUUGGAGCAGGCCCAGGUGGGGGAGCUUCUCUCAGGUUUUGUUGUCAUUUGAAGUUAGUGUUUUAACAGAAAGCAAAACCAGCCUGAGCGCUGUCGCAAGCAGGGCUGGACCGGGGCAGUGAUUUAAAACAGCCUUGAGGAGAGGGAAGGUGCAUUUCAUUUCCUAUUGUUUGCACAGUGGUAGCUCCUUCUUCCAAGUGGAAGCAUCACUGAGAUUUUGCCCUCAGGUCUCAUCAUUUCAUUCCACAAGUCAAGACCUGCACCACUGGAAAGAGAAACUAGAGAAACCUUGAGCUGACUGUAGCCAAGAUCUCUUGCCAUGUGCCUAAAGGUCAAGUACAGGGUUCAUUCUGGUCAAACAUUUGAUGUUGUGUUACCAGAGUGCAUAAGUGGCAUAAGUGGAUUUGAUUUUUUUAUUGGUUUUGUUCUUUAAACCAUCUCUUUUAAGUACUGCAUGGGCAUAUAAUGGGAAAGAAGACCUCAGAAUAGCUGAGAACUGCAUGAUUGCAACUUCUUGGCUGUGAAAAACCAGCGUUGAGUGAUUCCCUCCCAGCUUUGUACCCAAAUGUUCCCCUCUCCCUAACACAAGUUACCAGUUGCUUUUCAUUUCUUUAAAACACUCAGCAGGAAAAAUCUUUCAGUGUGGAUCAAAAUCUACAUAAAGUAAAAUAGAUUUCAUAAUCCAGUUCUUUCAGAUGCAGCUCUGUAGAGUUUCUUGUAGAUGUAGCUAAGAUACUGAUGGAUUCCUCUGCAUUUACACUCUCAGGCACCUUACAAAAGUGUAUUUGCAAAGAGAGCAGGGGCAGCAAUAUUUUUAACUCUGCAGAUAAAGCAAAGGUGUUCAGGAAUGGCAAGCAAUUCUGGUAAUUUGAAGGAGUUACUUUCAAAAAGCACCCAUUUGAAAUCACUUGACUCUUUGAAAAAUCCAGAUCAAAAAGGACUUGAAUUGUUUUGCUACUAGGCCUGCACCAGUUUAGUCAUCCAACAUAUCCAGUGCCAUGAAAAUUAGGAAGAUUUAGGAAAGGGCUAAUGGAUACCAAUUUUAAUACUAUUCAUCUUCCUGUAGCAAAUACUAAACCAUUUUCUGAUCUUUCUGGGUUUUUUUUAAACUGUGAGGUAGAUAACUGAGGAGUAGUGUGUGCUUUGUAGCCUGUUUGCUUCUAUCUAAGGGGUUAGUUUUCAAAUUUUAUAGUUGGGGGAAUGAAAAGGCCUUAAGUUUUUCAACUAGUAUAGUUUUCACAAUUCUGAUAUUUUCUACAGAAGGGCAGGCUGAGCUGCAGUACUUGGUAGUGUUUUUGGAUAGUUUUCCAGAAUAUUCCUACUUCCAAAGAUAGCAGGCAAUAAAUGUCCAGCUGGACAUUUGGGGAUUUGAAAUUGGGAAUGGGAAUGAACAUGGGAAUUUUCCAGACCCUAGAAUUGUUGGUGUAUUCCCUAUAUUCUGCUCUCAGGAGAAACUGUGAAGACAGUCCGAGCUGCAACUCAGUGCUGGUGACUGCUUUUCCUCCUGCUGAGAUCCUUAAGGUACAGAACAUUUGCAGACACUUGACUUUCUGUCCUGACCCGUUACAGUUGAUGUCUGUAGGUCGUGGUCCUGCAGUUCUGCUUCAACAGGGACCCCCAGAUGAGCUCAGCCCCCCACUGCCUGCAGGAUUGGUGCCAAAUUAUUUAAUAAUGAGAAAAAUCCACAUGCAUUUAAGAGCAGUAUUGCUACUUCUCAGACUGAAAUCCAUAGUUUACAUAGUAACUCAUCUUAAAACUGGAACAAGAAGCAAAAUGAACAUAAAUCCUGCUUCCAGUGCAGCCAGUGAAUGAUUGUGUUUUUACAAGUAGAUGAAGAACUGGGGAAUUGUUGAUCCUAUUCUAGCCUAAACCUCUUUGUUUUGAGGUUUGUUUAGUGAAUAAGUAGAAUUAGACCAGGCAAUACACUUUGCAUUACAAUUUGCCUGGAUGUAUCUCUUAAACCAGGCUUGAAGGGUGAGGCUCUGUCUGCAGCUCAGUCUGGCUCAGUCAGAAAAGGUGCAAUACAGCAGCAGUGAUUUGUGUGCUGUACUGUAAACGAAGGCACCAAUUCCAAUUGGUUUUCAGUUUCCUGCAGGAAACUAAAACCUUGGCUUUAAAUCAGUUUUGUCUUUUAACUCUUGGCUCUUCUGUGUUGUAACAAGUGGAGUACAAGUUUGCAUGCCCUCCUAACUGAACAAAAGAAAUAGAAGAAGACCUGGUUUAUUUUUAAUUUUCCUUUUUUCAGCAGAAACCUGAAGACCUGGUUUAUUUUUCAGGUUAGCAGCUGGUGGUGCUCGGGCUCUCAGUAGUUAAAGUUUAUUUUGAUUACCAAACCCUUCCUUUGUUCACUGCCCCCUAGGCUGGGAGCUUCUUGACCAGAAAUAAAUAGUAAAUGUAGAGCUUUUCACUGCCCUGCUGAAGACUUUAUCAAACCUGGGACUAAACACAGCCAUGAAAUUCAGGCAUUAGGGAGAUUGUUGGUUUAACUCCACUAAUCCCAUUGAACCCAAAAGGAUACUGGAGUGAAGAGAGUGAGAAGCAAUAAACCUGUGAUUUACGGGUAAAAACCUGAGUUUCAGCUCUCAGGGUAUAAAUGGGCACUGAUGUACAUCCAGUGAAUAAUUCAGUAGUGCUUGUUCAGAGUUCACAGCAUAAACAUUUGCCAAGAAAUCUGUUUACUGCCAGUUGAACAUUAACAGGACUAUGGUGCAGUAAUUGCUUUUAAGCAGAUCCCCUUGGCUGAUCAUGUAUUUGCAUUAGUAUUUAUCAUUUCUCUUUGGCAGUACCAAAGUGUGCAAAAAUAUUACAAAAGCACAGGAGGGGACAUUGAUCUCUGCUUUGCAGCACUUGGGAGUGGAAUGCAGAGGCAAAUACUGAAAUGAAAUCAUCAGCAAAAUGUGGUUCCCAGGAGCCUUUGUUACACUUAGUAUUGAUUUCAAGCUAAUUUUAUCUCCAGUUUCUCAUCCAGUCCAUCAUCACGGAUGGAACUUGUACAAAUAUUUAUAAUUAUGUAAAUAUAAAAGCAAAUAAAUGCUGGCCCAGAAACCUGCUAACGUUUGCUUUGCAAAGCAAAAUUUGACAAAAAUGAGAAUACUUAAGAACAGAGGGGAGGAAAAGUCCUCUCACAGUACUGGAAAGAGGUUUUUCAGGGGGAAAAAAAUCCUAAUGAAGCCCAGCUAAAACCACUAAUAGCUUUCCUGUUAGUUAAUACUGAUAGAUUUCUAAGAGCUUCACCAAAAGUGGAGCUCUUGCUUGUUUUGGGUGCCUCGACUAUCAUAUAUGAAAACAAAGGUUUGGAAGAUUGUCCUUUGCACACAGCAUGCAAACUUGUCCUGAGGACAUUUCUUAAAAGUGAGCCAAGAGCUGAACUGACACAGACACAAAAGCUGCAGACAGAUGCCUCCCAAUCUCUUCAAAAGCAUCUCGGUACCAUUGCAAAUAAAGCACAAAACUUGUGUGGAAGUGGUUUUGCACUAAAGGGAAAUAGUUAUCAGAGAAAAAAAAAAAAUCAUUAAUGUGAAAGGAGAGCAUCCUGGUUAUUCUGCAUUUUUCAUGUUGAUUUCCUGUUUCAAUGCUGUGCAUAAAUAAGAUUUUUUCCCUUUAAAAAUUAUAUUAAAAUAGAUAAAGUGUGAAAAGUAGUUUGAUACUUGACAAAAUAAACACUUUCUUAAGAGAGUGGUAAUGCUGAUGAGGAGAGUAACUUUGCUAAUUGGGCUUGGUGGUGCAGUAUGAGGGGUUCCCUACAGUUGUUGUGUUGGAAUGGUGUGAGACACAAAAACCAUUCCCAAAACAGGGGAAGCCAGUGGGGGACAUCAGACCCUGUCCUGCCUGCCAGACAGAAAAUAGAUACAGGCAUGUACUGAGCAGAAGGUGAAUUUAGUUCUUUGUAACUGUUUUUAAAGAUUUCUGUUUUAGAUCUCUGAUGGGCAGAUGUGCUCUGUGCUGUCAGCCAGCUUUUCCCUCUUCUGUGCCUCACUCGCUGAGAUCUGACAGGUAAAGACCCCACAGCUCCAGAGCAGGGAGCAUCCCAGCCAGUCUGGCUCACACACACCUCUUGGGGGGAAGGAAAAAAAUCUCUAAUUCAUAUUGAAUUCAUUCACUGCAUUCCAAAAUUAUUUGAGGGGUUUGGGUGAUAACAGUGUUAAAAUGGUUCUGCAUUUUCUAGGACAAAUCUGUUGCUUUUCAAGGUUUCUUCAAGAGAUGCAGGCUGUACAUUUCUAAUCAUCAGUAACUAUUUUGCUUUUAAUCUUUCUUAUCACAAUACUGAAUAAAUGAUUUGGAAUAUGAGGAGACAAGGGAGCAAGCUUGCAUACUACGGUAAUUUUUUAUACUUUACCUUCAUCUAUUUAUGAAUUUAUUAUGAAAAGUAUUUUUAAACAUGAAACCUGCUUUUGUUGUGAAUUUUAGCAAAGUAGUGGAUACAUUGUACUGUGUAUCAUUUAAAAGGUUUAAUUAAAGUAAACAUUUGGCAAUUAA